AUGAUCUAUCCGAUUCUCCUAUGCCUUCUUGGCCUAGUCGCCAGCUCUGCCAUUGCCUCCACUAGCAACGCGUCUCCUCACGCCCCCCUCGCCCACUUGACUUUCACAAAUAUAUCUUGCUCUGAACUCGCCGACUUUACCGCCAACGUUGCUACGGUCACUGAACUCAAGACUUCCAUACUCGCACGCACGCCGGCCAAUCUCCUCGCGGAGGUCCAGCCAGCACUAGAAGCCAUUGAGAUCCAUGUCACCACCUACCAAGACCUGAUACAUCAAUCGAGUCCGAAGGCUUGCCCAGGAACAAGAGCAGCUCGCGGCGUGAAUGCCAGCAACGUGGAGAGCAGAGUGCAUGGCAACCAGCCGCGAACCCCUGGUAGCUUACAGUCGCGCCAGAUGCAGGAGGUGUGCGAUAUGAUGACGCGACUUGAGAAUGCGCUCGAGCUUUUGCAGCUUCCGGCUGAGCUGCUGAUUGAGCGAUUGAAGCAGCUUAUGAGGUGUCGUUAG